AAAAAAAGAAAGAUACAAGCACUUGAGAUUACAAUUCUCUUUUCAGUCCGUAAAUUCUCCAAAUUCUUCAUUAAAAUCAUCUCCAACCUCCCGAUAUUUUUCGGGGAAAAGCUUGAAGACGCCGACAAACUGAGUGGCCAGUUCUUCAAGAUUUGCAGGGUUUUGGAUUCGAGGAGAAGAGGAGGAGAAAGAUGUGGGGAUUCGGUGGGAGGUAUUAUUGGGGAAGAAGAGAGCGAGUCGGGAGAGUCGAAGGGAUUGUAGUGGCGUUCGCGUGGAUGUCUAGUCAGGAGAGGCACUUGAAAAGAUAUGUGGAUAUGUAUUCUUCUCUCGGUUGGAAUUCUCUCGUUUGCCAUUCCGAAUUCCUCAAUAUGUUCUUCCCUGAUAAGGCUGCAUCUCUGGCAUUUGAAAUUCUUAAAGUACUAGUCGAGGAGCUAAAGAUCAAGAGAUGUCCUAUAGUAUUUGCAUCAUUUUCUGGUGGGCCUAAAGCAUGCAUGUAUAAGGUUCUUCAGAUAAUUGAGGGAUACCAUGAACCACGGCGAUAUAGCUUGGAUGAUUAUCAAGUGGUCAGGGACUGUAUUGCUGGCUACAUUUAUGAUUCGAGUCCAGUUGAUUUUACCAGUGACUUGGGAACUCGAUUUUUGCUUCAUCCAACUGUGCUGAAAGCAUCCCAGCCACCAAGAAUAGUGUCAUGGGCAGCACACAGCAUUGCUUCUGGUCUUGACACGCUCUUCCUCAAUAGAUUCGAAUCACACCGUGCGGAAUAUUGGCAAACUCUUUAUGCCUCAGUCAGUAUGAAAGCUCCUUAUCUUAUUUUGUGCUCGGAAGAGGAUGAUCUUGCUCCCUAUCAGACGAUCUUCAAUUUUGCUCAACGACUAGAAGACCUCGGGAGAGAUGUUAAAUUAAUCAAAUGGAAUGGCUCCCCACAUGUAGGGCAUUUUCUGCAUUUUCCAAUCGAAUAUAGAGCUGCUGUCACAGAGUUGCUAAAUAAGGCCGCUGGAGUUUACUGGCAAAGAACUAGACCUAAUGAAGUAGCUGCAGUAGAUAAAAUGAACUGUGACUCUUGCAAUCCAACACCCGACGUUAGAAAAGCUGCAUCUCCAUCAAGUAGUUUUCAGGAGCCUGCUCUUGCUCCAAGCAACCACCUUUUCUUCUCCAGUAUGAUAGAUGGCUUUGACUACAGGGGCAUUGGAUCCAAGCACGACGAAGACAUGGAAGGAGCUAUGCGGCUAUCUAAUUCGCCAAGGACCGUUCCCCGUGGAGCUAAUGGUCAAAUCCUUUACGACGUUUGUGUUCCAAAGAACGUCGAGGAUUGGGACAUUGAAUCAUCAAGUUCUUCAAAUGGUGUCCUGCGUGUACACACAAGGCGACAUACCUCAUUCAAUCCCAUCAAACUGAUGCGUCGGUCGAGACUAUAGCCAUUCAUCACCAGAAAAGCCAAGCUGAAACUCAUUUGUUGCCAUCAAAUGCGCAGAGAGCAUGGCCCAUGGCAUAAAUACAGAGACAAGGAAUUCACUGGUUUGGUGAAAACUUUGCCUCUUGGGGAAACUUUGGGGCAGAAACAAUGUAAAUGUAAACUAGAGCCCACAUUGUAGCCCCCUGCAAAUUUGUAUAUCAACGAGGAAAAGACUUAGUUUGUGA